GAAGAAAGGACUAGUUUGGCCAGGAUUUAACAAGCAAGUGUUUCACUUAGGCUUGUUUUGGUUAGCAAGUGUAGUUUGCUAGCAGUUAAGCUAGCUUUAGACACUGCAGACACAUCAGUGGCUAUGGCUUUUGGGUUUUGCAUUGGUGUCGCUUUACUUCUGUCUCUGUGGUCAAGAGCAGAGACUGCUGGCAUUCCAGAUGGAGUGCUUCGUAUGGAUUGUCAUGAUCGUUACUUCAUGAUGGCUGUCGAUCCCUCUUUCACUGGGGACGAACCUCACUUUGAGGCAGUUGGUGAGACCGGUGCGUACGCCAUCACUCAGCAGUAUGCGGCACAGUGUGGCUACAGUAUCAAUGUUCUCCCUCUACCAGGCCAUGUGGAGCUCCGGGCCUCUUACUUCAGCUGUCAAACUCAGAACAAAGAUGAUGAAAUGUUCACAUUCAACUUCAACCUAAAUGUGACACAAGAAGGAAAGGAGGUGACUUAUCCCUUGAACAAGACCUGUUUUCCAUCUCUCCCCUGGUCUCCCAGAGAGGUUACCUGUGAGACCAACUACAUGGAGGUGUCUGUGAGGAGUGAAGUCACCUGUCCCUCUGGAACAAAGAAGGAUGACUGGAAUUCUCUCAAACCUGCUCAUAGGUCCACCACUUCAGACUGGCAGGUGAUGUUUCAGACGGCUGACGAGCAGUUGCCGCCAAUGAACAUCUCAGACGCUCGUAAGCGGGGAUAUGUGUUUCUCUUGACUGAAGGAAGGCUGGUAUUUCGUGCUCCGUAUGGACAACCGGAGUCAUUCAGCACUGAGCUCAAUGGUGUUCCAGUAGAAGCAGUACAUGCAACUAUAUUCUCCAGACAAAGCUGGAUUGUCCUCUUGGUUGACCUUGUGGCUGCUUGCUCCAUGGAUGAAGGCUUGUAUCAUGAAAGCGGCUACAUGAUGUGGGAGACUCCUGAGAUGCUGUACCCAAAUCUAGAUGGCCAACAAGUCAACGUUGGUCUCAAGGGUGAAGUUGUUGCGCAGCCAGUUGCAGAGGAGAGGGGCUACAUUGUGGGGAAGCAGAACAACACAAUCCAGAUCUGCAUUCCCGAAAAUGCUGAAGGACGAUACAGGAAGAGUGCUGUGGAUGACGAUCUCUACGAGUUUUAUGUCUAUCAUCUCUACUUGGAACAAAUCCUGGUGGAUGAGGAUCGUGUAGAAACCAGGAUCCGCUUCCUCAGGACUUUGGCCACUCCCCUGCUGCCAAGCCCCAUCUUCGCUGAAAACCAAACUGUUCUUGAAGAAAACAUGUUCACGGUGUACCUCGGAGACGUCCCUGAAGACGUACAGUUGGCUGCUGUUCAUUUGAAUGGACAAGAAUUUACAGUGCCCUUAAACGUAAGCAGUUUCAUCAUCACAAAAGUUGUUCAUCCCAACAACACUCAUGGCUACAAACUGAAGGUGCCUUUUGAAGACCCUGUCGUCCUGCAACAGCUCUCUAAAACAGCUGCCGUUCAUUAUAUACUCAACAUCAACUACACACUGACAGUUUUGCCUGAAAACGAUCUGUAUUACCGAAUGGAAUCUGUUGUAGCAUUGGUCACAGGGGCUCCUCCGCAAUUUGAUGCGGUCUGCACGGAGUCUGGCAUCAGCUUCAAGCUGGACCACCAGCCUUUUGACUACCUGUGGGAGAUCACUAUCGAGUCAGACCUGCUGACAUCAGAGCUGGCAGACCAGCACGGCUACAUCAUGAGCAACGAUAGCAACAGUCUGCUGCUUGAAGUGCCGCUCUUCUCUCACGGCUACGAGUACAAGAACAUAUCCUUGAAGGGAUUCUUUGGCACUUUUGAAAUCAUCAUGCGGGAUCUUGAAACAUCAGAGGUCCAGGGAUCGACGAUCAAGACUUGUCCGUUCUCCACUACAGAACUCAUUACGUGUUCGACUGAUGGGACGAUGACUGUGGUGGCUGACUUGGCUCUGGCCAUCCCAAAUGGCGGCAAUCCUGCUAGAACCAACCUGAGAGACAAAUACUGUGGCCCCAAAGAGACAGACGGCAGCAGGGCUCUGUUCUCUUUCUCUCUCAACAGCUGUGGAUCCGCAGUCAAGCUCAACAGUGAAAAUGUGACUUAUCAAAAUGAGAUUUUCUAUAGCAAGAAGUUCCUCAAGGUUGUUUCCGAUAAUGCUGCGGAAAGGGUGACAAUGCAGUGUACCUAUCCUCUGUCUGGUCUCCAUCGACUCUUCUCAGUGCACAGAUUUGAGUCCGACGCAGCUGGAAUCGGCAGCCUCCUCCAUACCACACAUCCUGCAGCAGGUCUGCAGAGUCCCACAAUCCAACCCACUUCAGCUCUUACAACCACGCUUGCUACAACCACGCUUGCUACAACCACGCUUGCUGCCACAAGACAAGCUACAGCAUCAUACAAGCCUGCCUUCCACCCUCCUGCUCGCUAUGUCAAAGUGACUAGGUUUCGAUAUCCGACCAACGCUAGGUUCCGAUAUCUGGCCAACGCUAUGAGUAAAGGAGUGCGACAGCCCUUGCAGAAAAAAAAUUAAUGCUGCCGAUAUUUAAAGGAAGUAUAAUUUUUUUUAAUUGGUCAUUUUGGAAUUUAAUAAAGAUGUUUUCUUAAAAAUGCUGUCUUUGUCGC